UACAAUGCGAUAGCUGGCAUCCACUUUCGGCCCCAAAAUGUGCGGUUAAAAUCCCCCCGCGAACCGCAAAGCGGCGGAGAAACGUCGGACAAAGCGACAGAGAGAAGCGAAGCGAGAAGAAGCAGGGAGCGCUAAACAAGUUUGCGUGGAACGGAACGAAAAAUUGCGUGAAAAGAAGAAAGCCACAACGAGCAGCAGAUGCAAUAAUGUUUGUAAUGUUUAAACAAAUUCGCCGAGGAGCUGCGGGUUUUUUUUGAGUCGUCGUCGUCAUCCGUGCGUGCGUGCGUGUGUGUGAGUGUGUGCAUGUGUGUAGUUGUGGAGGAGUGGAAAUAAUGAGAGUGUCUCAGUCCGAGUGCAAAUGAAGUUGGCCAAGCCCAAAACGAGAAUUAAUUAAAGCAACUAAGAAAAGUGCCCGUGUCGCGGUGGAGGAUUAACUACGCCCCGGGGUCAAAGAAAAGAAGAAGCAGAAAAACAAAGGAAAGGAAACCGAUCGUCGGCAGCAGGACGAGGAGAAGAAGCAGAGGCCAGUCCAAAAUGAGCGAGGAACUGAAAGUGGUGCUGCGCCGCAGCGAGCAGCAUUCCGGUUUCGGGUUUUCGCUGCUCGGAACGACCGGACCGCCACAUGUCAUCUACGACAUCGUCGAGAAUUCGCCGGCAGCCGAUUGCGGAGCGGUUGAGGCCGGGGAUGUCAUCCUCAAAGUCAACGGUACGGAUGUCCAUCGCUACACAACGAAGGAAGUUCUCAAAUGCCUGCGCCUGUCGGAACAGCUGGUGACCUUGGAGCUGAAGCGAGAUCCCAAGCUCAAGGCGCGGAUCAAAGAGCAGCUGGCCAACACGCAGAGUCCGCACUAUGUGGACAUUGAGUCGCCGAACAUCUACGACUACCACAGCAACAGCACCAACUCCUCGCCGAAUCACCGGCCAAACGCCGGCGGCAAGGGGGCGGCGACCGCGCCCUCUCAAAGCGGACUGCGUUCGUACAAGUCGCCCACGCACUUGCCCUCGCUGCGCCAGAAUUCGUCGCCGCUGCUGGCGAGUGGAUCCACCACGACCACGACCACCGCCACGCACACGCACACCCACAGUCGGAACUCCUCGGCCAGCUCCACCAAGAUCAAGGUGGUGGAGACGAGCAUCACCACCUCGACCACGGGCAUAGUGGGACUCGCGUCACCCACCGGCAGUGCGGGUGGUAAUGGUGGUGGUGGUGGGGAGGCCACCUCGCCCACCUUUCGCCCCUCACGCAUUCCACAGGCGCUGACCAAAUGUGCCGUACCCAAGCCCGUGCCCGUUCUCCAUUCGCCGCAGAAUAAGCGGCCACGCCCCUCGCAGAUCCCGACGAAGGCGUCGAACGGCAACGGGAACGGACACGCCGCCCAGCUGCCUCCCCAGUCGCUGCAGCACUCGAACAGCUACAGCGGCAGUCCGGUGACCCGGCAGCGCUUCACGGACAGGGAGCAGGAGCGGGAUCGGGAGCCGGAACCGAACUCGGCGCCACCGCAGCCGGCGAAGGCGCCACGCUUUGAGGCUUAUAUGAUGACCGGUGAUUUGAUUCUCAAUCUGUCCCGGACACCGCAGACCAGCAAUCCUCUGCCCGCGCAGACCAAGAAGGUGGACAGCCUCCGGGAUUCGCCCAGUCGCCUGGUAAACGCGCGGAUUAAUGGUGCUUUAGCACCCCGUGCCUCCGGUGAAUCCUCGCCCACUUCCUCCUCCUCGGUGGACUCGCCCACCAACACCAGCUCGGAUUCGGUGAAGCGCGAGGCAAAGUUGCUGCGGAAACAACAGCAACAGCAGCAGCAACAGCAACCUCAUCAACAGCAGCAGCAGCAGCGGGACAGCAUCAACAACAGCUACAACCGCAAGGAUUCGCUGACCAACGACACGCUGCUGAUGUGCGAGGAGCUGGAGCCGGACGAGGAGGGCGAAUACGUCCUGGAAGAGGACAAUAAGCAGCAGCGACAGCGGCAACAGCAGCAUCGCUUCCGUCAGCAACGCUACGAGUACUACCAAAACGAGGACGAGCUGGAGGAGCAGGAGGAGGAGGUGGAGGAGGAGCGCGAGGAGGAUCAGACGCACUACGACAUCACCAAUAUCGAGACCUACCAGAGUGGCCUGGGCCGCGGAGACGAGGACGACAGCGAUAGGCAGUGUUUGGUGGACGACGACGAGGAUGAUGAUGAUGAUGCCUACGACGACGAGGAGAACGAUGCCGGCGACGAGGAUUACUCGACCAAUUCGCUGGGUUCCGGUUCGGCGAAGCAGAGAUUAAGGGCGCUUAAGCAAAGGACUGCCACCCGCCAGCAGCAGCGAAAUCGAGAUGCCGUCGACUGCGCCGGACGCUCGGGAUCGGGUUCAUCGUCCACCACCGUGAAGAGCGAGGCGGCCGGUUUGGGCCUGGACGAGACCUCCUUCUCAGUGCCAACCUCACCGAUCUCGCUGUCGACGCCGCUGAUCGACAAGGAGACGGCCAACUCGGUGCCCACCAGCCCGGAGCCCAGUUCCCUUGUCCCGGAAUCGAGCAGCGGCGGUGGCGCUGGAGCGGUGGUGGUGCGCCGGCACAAUGGGCAUGUGGUGCGUAAGUGCGAUGCCGCUGGUUUCCGCACCAGCAAGUCCGAGGACCAUCUGCAGCAGAUCCAGCGCGAGGGCAUCGCCGCCGUGAUACCCAUCGAUAUCGAUGAGGAUGUGAAUAGCUCGCUGAACACGCUGCUGGACACGCGUCAGGACUCGGAGGACUCGCAGUCGAUGGCCACUGUAAUUGUAAACAACUCGUCAGCGGCCUCGAACAACAACGAGGGUGAGCAGAACGACAACCGCAGCAGCAGUAGCAGCAGAAGCAGCGCCAGCGACAACAAUAACUGCAACAGCAACACCAGCGAACCAGCAACAUCUGCAACUGCAACUGCAACAAUCACGGCUGCAACAUCAACGAGAACGAUGAACUGCAGCAGCAAAUUAAACUAUAUUUUAUGCAAAAAGGCAUCGGAUCGCGAUCGGAUCGUGUGGACCUAUAAUGCGCCACUCCAGCCGCACCAAUUGGCGGCCCUUCAGCGACAGCAGCAACAGCAAGAGCAGCAAUUCCAGCAGCAACAACAGCAACUCCAGCAGCAACAUCAGCAGCAGCUACAGCAGCAACAGCAGCAGCAGCAGCAACUCUACGGUCAGCAAUCGCAUUCAAAUUCACAUUCAAGUUCCAUUAGUUCGUCGCCCCAGCAAUCGGCUGUGGGCAGUCCGGCCUCGCCCACGUCGGUUUCCUCGUCGGUGAUGUCCUCGUCGGGCUCCAAGGGCGCCCUGGGCCUGGGCAGCAGCAGCAAUGGUCCCAUGGCCGCCGCUCAGCAACAACAGCAGCAGCAGCAGCGGCAUCCGCCCAGCGGUAUUCCUGGUCUGCUGAGCUGCCCAGGCGGAGGCAUCGGUGGUGCUGGUGGUGGUGGUGGUGGCAACAACGAUCAGAGCGUCUCAGAGGCCAUUUCGAAUAUAUCUAGUCCCGACUACCAAGACGACGAUAACUUAUUAAGCUCUCGCGAUAUUCUAGGCGGCAUGGUACUUAGCGAUCCCAGUGACUCGGACUCUACCAUUCUCGUCUCGGACGCAGCCGCCCAGCAGCGCCAGCAGCUCAAGCAGCAGUUGCGCGCCCAGCAGCAACAGCAGAGGGACAGGGAACGGGAGAGGGAUCGCGAUCGUGAUCGGGAUCGGGAGCAGUCCGAGCACAAGGUGGUCAUCCAAGUGCGUGGACUGGACAGCAACAGCAGCAGCGGCGGCAAUGGCAACGCCAACGGCCGCUCCGAAGAGGAUGUGGUCACGCUGACGGAGGAACCGCUGGGCACGAUGGCCAUUGGAGUGCGGGACGCCUCGCCGCCCGUUUCAGACGAUGGCAGCGAUGUGGAGUCCCUCCACUCGUAUCACUACUCCCCCAAGGCUGUGGACAUGCCCUCGGCCAUUCGGCUGGCCAAAAGACUGUACUCCCUCGACGGUUUCAAGAAGAGUGAUGUGUCGCGACACCUCAGCAAAAACAAUGACUUCAGUCGAGCGGUGGCCGAUGAGUAUCUCAAGCAUUUUACCUUCGAGAAAAAGUCACUGGACCAAGCGUUGCGUGAGUUCCUGCAGCAGUUCUCAUUGUCCGGCGAAACGCAGGAACGCGAGCGAGUGCUGGUGCAUUUUUCCAAGCGCUUUCUCGACUGCAAUCCCGGCACCUUCAACUCGCAGGACGCCGUGCACACGCUGACCUGUGCCAUAAUGCUGCUGAAUACGGACCUCCAUGGCCAGAACAUGAAUCGCAAGAUGAGCUGUGCGGAGUUCGUCGACAACCUGGCAGAUCUCAACGAUGGCGAGAACUUUCCCAAGGAUGUGCUCAAGUCGCUAUACCAGGCCAUUAAAACCAAGCCGCUGGAGUGGGCACUAGAUGAAGAGGCUGGUGAUCUGCAGCAGCAAAGAGCCAACAAUAGUGCCCUGGGGAAUGUGGGACAGAAUCCCUUCCUCGAUCCCCCGGAACUGGCCACUGCAGUGGAGUACAAAAAAGGCUAUGUGAUGCGUAAAUGCUGCUACGACAGCAGCUUUAAGAAAACUCCCUUUGGCAAGCGCUCCUGGAAAAUGUUCUACUGCACGCUGCGUGAUCUUGUGCUGUAUUUGCAUAAGGAUGAGCACGGUUUUCGCAAAAGUCAAAUGUCCGACAAUCUGCACAAUGCAAUACGCAUACAUCACGCACUGGCCACCAAGGCCAACGAUUACACCAAGAAGCAACAUGUGUUCCGCCUGCAGACGGCCGACCAGGCCGAGUAUCUGUUCCAGACCAGCGACUCCAAGGAGCUGCAGUCGUGGGUUGAGACGAUCAACUACGUGUGCGCGGCUAUAUCAGCGCCUCCGCUCGAGGGCGGCGUGGGCAGCCAGAAGCGGUUCCAGCGUCCGCUCUUGCCCAGCAAACAGUCCAAGCUGUUGCUGAAGGAGCAGUUAGAUUCGCACGAGGUGCAGCUGGCCCAGUUGGAUCAGGAGCUCAACGAGCACAAGAAGGGUCCGAUUCCCAGCAAAGGUUUGGCUCUGCAGAACUACAAGGAGAAGGAGAGCUACCUGCAGUACGAACUGAGGCGCUACCGCACCUAUGUGAGCAUCCUGAGCGCCAAGAUGCUGUCAGACCAGCAGCAGCUGGAGUUGCAGGCCCUUCAGCCGACUCCGGCGGCGCACGAGGAGGAGGCCGACACAUUCCCAGUGGGCAGUGGCACCACUGCCUGCACGCCACAACCCACGCCGCAAAGUAUUAACCAGAAGGAUCAGCCGAAGGAGCAGCAGCAACAGCCAACGAACAGAAAAGAGAAGAAAAAGAAAUAAUUACGUUUUGUUUCGCUCUUGAUUUCGAUCAUUUCAAAACUCGCAUACCAACACACACACCUUCACCACAAUCCCCGCCAAUUCCGGCCAUCGAGAAGCAGGCGAUUGAAUGAAUUUGAAUAGAAUACUCCGAAAUGCCACGCUGCCCUGCGCCGGGAAUACAGAUCAGAUCAGAUCCACAGAAACACUCACCCACUCGCAUACUCAGCACCACUUACGUCACCACUUACUCCACCACCCACCCACUUACACCCAAGCGUUGCGGCUGUGCCGUGUCUGCCACAGAAGAAAUUCGGAAUUUGUGCACUUUCAAUUACUUGAGACCCCCGUCAAGGGCCAAAAGGGGAGAUCAUUUGAGAUAAUUAGACUACCGACUACCAACACGAUUAUUAACGAGGGAAAGUUUUACGUUUGAAGGUCGUUCAUCAGAAUAUAUCGGCACUAUCUCGAAUUCUUAAGUAUAAAUCUACUUAUCCGAAAGAGGGUACUCGAAAUCGGUUUCACCUGAUUUAAAGCUACGCGAUAUAUUCGAUUCGAAUUUGAAUUUUGGAUUGCCGUUCACAUUUGCUUCGCCAAAGAUUCUGCUGGACGGCUGUUUAGGAGCGAGAAUGAAUACUGCUUAUACACAUAGACUUAUUAUUACAAGAGUUGAUAAACAAUACUUACAUCAUUACCUAUGCUAUCAUUAUAAAUGAUAAAAAUAAAUUAUAAAUUAUUGAACAAUAUCUCUACGCAACUAGAAGAUGGAGAACAUCGGCCGUAACAAUAAUAACACAAUGAGAACGAGGACAAGAGCAUUAGCAUUAAACCUAAGCAAUUACUACCAUACCAUGUACGACUUGUUUUUGGUCUUUUGCGAUACAUUAUCACAUUAUCUGUGUAGGUACACUUACUCUAAUAUUAUGUACGGAUUAAUAUAUUUAUUUAAACACUUAUCGGUUGAUUACGCGACAUGUCCAUGUAGCUAGAAUAUGAAAUUGAUAUCGAUUACUGAUAGAAUGAGAGAAGGAGGAAUCAAUAAAUUUAAAUACAUCAUAUAUUUUUGAAUAUAUUAUAAUUAUUGUAUUGUGUAAUUAUGUAAAUGCAGAUUAUAUAACAUUGUUUAUAUUAAUUUUUAACAAUUCUACUGAAACGGCAAUAAAUUCGAAAAUACAAACUAACUGAAAAGUGAAAGCAAAGUUGCUUUGCCUGCAAACCAAGCGCCUAAAUGUAUGCAUAUUGUAUAUUUAUUUAGUCAAACAUUUUAACUGGCUUACGAGGGCAUCACUUAGUUUUUAAAGCAAUACCCUCCCUUUCGAUAACAAUUCACACGAGCAUUCAUUUAAGAA